GGAGAAGUUCUUGUUGUCGUUGUUGUUUUUUCCCCUUUUUUUUUUUUUUUUUUUUUUUGUCUCGAGCGCCCAAUCGAAAAAAGUUCAAAAAUUUUCUUUUCUUACUUGACAUUUUCUCGGCAACUUACUGAGGGUUUAUCGAUUUCAGAGUUCACAGUUUCAGUCUGAAGAGAGCAUCAAAGAGAUCAAAGAUUUGCUGUUGGAGAAUUAUACAAAGUGUCUUGGCUGUCAAAGAUUGGUAGGCAAAGACAUCUCAAUCCUGAAGUAACGAAAUGUCCAAAUCUCAAAGUGUGACACAGCUGCAUAAUUUAAGGCAGCAAGGAGGAAAGAAUGUUCAGAUUGGGCGCUCCCAGACCAUGCUCAGCACAAGCUUGGCUAAAUCAGUUACAGCCUUGGAUGAAUUUAAAUAUGGAUUUCCAUCUAAUGGCUUAUCAACUGUAUCAAAUAAAUGGUGGGGAAGCAGUUGCCCCGAAGGGUAUGAGGACAUCUGUGGACAUGGAGCCAAUACUGGUGAAGUCAUGAAACAACAAUCUGAUAAUGUGGCAGAUAACGGUGCCAACUUAGUUAAAGUAGAUAAAGAGCAACAUGAAGGUGACGAGGGGAGAAAUGUUGGUCCUCAAGGUACAGGUUUGUUGAUGGCUGUGAGAAAAAGAAUUGCAGACGAAGGGCGAGAUGCACUUAAGCUUGGUGUUACUAGAAGCUCUGGUAUAAAGAAGCUAGGCAGGAGACAAAAAACAUUGCUUCUGCGAAUAUUCAAAUCAUCGAUACCCAGACAAUGGAUUCAUGGGACCUUUUAGGUAUACCGUAUGCUAGUAACUACACGGUCGAGCAUUGCCCCUAUGUAAAUCCCAGUCUUCAUGUGAAACUUGUUUUAGGCUUCAGCAUCCAUGUUUUGCAGCUCGUCAAUGGUAAGCAUGUUCCUUCUGCCUGCCUCAUUCAGAGAGAGAUUUCAAUAAUAACUUAUAAAAUUCCAUGAGCUUUUACUUGUCCAAAUUUGUUGAGUUAGAGUUAUGGUUCUCUUAUCCAUUUUAUCA